AUGAAAACCGGAAGUAACCAAAGUACCCUUCAUUAUUUAUACAUGUACAAGUUGGUGAAAAGCAAUGGAGAAGCCACGGAAAUAAAACUCUACCAUAGGGAAAACGCUUUAGAAGAGUUUCUGAAAUUACUUUUCCAACAGGAGGAAAGGAUCAGAGAAGAAUUGAGAAAAGUUGUUCCCAUAAAAAUGAUUGGGAAGAUUUCAACAUGGCAACCAAUUGCCACAUCCGUGAAAAGCCUCAGGUGAUUGAGUCCUUUUUGGAUUCCAUGUCUGUUUACGAUCCCAACAUGGAGUACUGCCAGCAGGCACACAAAAGGUGCCAUUUCAAAGACAAAUUUAUGAGGUCCAAAUUUCAACGCAAACCACUCGACAAAGUGGAUUAAAGACAAUCAAGAGGAUUGUACAUACUGCUCCNAUGUACAAGUUGGUGAAAAGCAAUGGAGAAGCCACGGAAAUAAAACUCUACCAUAGGGAAAACGCUUUAGAAGAGUUUCUGAAAUUACUUUUCCAACAGGAGGAAAGGAUCAGAGAAGAAUUGAGAAAAGUUGUUCCCAUAAAAAUGAUUGGGAAGAUUUCAACAUGGCAACCAAUUGCCACAUCCGUGAAAAGCCUCAGGUGAUUGAGUCCUUUUUGGAUUCCAUGUCUGUUUACGAUCCCAACAUGGAGUACUGCCAGCAGGCACACAAAAGGUGCCAUUUCAAAGACAAAUUUAUGAGGUCCAAAUUUCAACGCAAACCACUCGACAAAGUGGAUUAAAGACAAUCAAGAGGAUUGUACAUACUGCUCCAAACGUUGCAUUGCUCUAACUACAGACACACGGUGAGGGACCACCGCCACGUGACUGGGAAAUAUUGUGGAGCAGCCCACUCUGCAUGCAAUUUGCAACUCUGGAUAAGACCGCAACAAGACCCUAUUCCUAUGGUUUUUAACAAUCUCAAGGGUACGAUGAACAUCUCCUUCAGGAGAUAUCGAAAAUAAAAGACAGGAAACUGGAGUGCAUUCCUCAAAACAUGGAAAAGUAUAUCAGCUUUUCUUUGGGAGGGGUCCAGUUCAUCGACAGUUUGAACUUUUUGCAAGCAUCAUUGUAUUCUCUUGUAAAUAAUCUUCCAAUGAAUGCUUUCGUGCACACCAAAGAAUUAGCAGGAAUGAAGAACAGCGAGACACGUUACAACAGAUUGGGGCUAUCUGUACCAGUACAUGGAUAGCUGGGAAAGGUUCGAGGAAACCCAACUGCCUUCACAAGCCCAAUUCUACAAUUUGCUGAAUGACAAGCACAUCACGCAAGGUACAAUUCAAACGUGCAAAGAAAGUGUGGAAAACUUUCGGGCAGGAGACCCUGAGGGAUUACCACGAUCUCUAUCUGAAAACGGACGUCUGCUUGUUGGCGUACAUUUUUAAAAACUCUGAACCCUAUAGUUGAAACCGUACAGGCUGGAUCCAGCACACUACCAUACAUCGCCGGGCCUGCCUUGGGACACAAUGCUAAAAAAGAUAGGAGUGCAGCUGGAGCUGUUGACAGAUGUGGACAUGUAUCUGUUCAUUGAGCAAGGGACCUGUGGUGGAAUCUCGAUGGUGAGCAAGCAGUAUGCAAAAGCCAACAACCCGUGUGUGAAAGAUUACGACCCAAGCAACCCAAACAACUACAAUCAAUAUAUUGAUGUGAAUAACCAUGACAGUUGCGCCAUGUGUAAACCAUUGCCGAAAGGGGAAGUUUGA